AUGAAUAUGAAUAUAUUAGGCUUAUUGUUUGUGGUGAUUUUUAUCACACAAACAAGUCUCUCGGUAGCCUUUUAUGAAUAUUUUUUAAUGGUUCAACAGUGGUCUGUCACUGUAUGCAUAGAUGGAGGAUGCCAAAAACCCACAUUUGUCUCAAACCAGUUCACAAUACAUGGGUUAUGGCCCACAAAUGUGUCUAAACCAUAUCCUGAAUUUUGUAAGGGAAGGCCUCCAGGAAGUGGAAAAUUCAGUUUUCCGUUGAUUUCACAUUUGUCAGCUCAACUUCAAACGGAAUGGCCCGACGUAGUAAAUAAAAACAAUCUUAAAUUUUGGUCGGGCCAGUGGGAUAAACACGGGACAUGCUCGCUGAAUAAAUUCACACAAGACGACUAUUUCCAGCAGGCUCUAACUAUUAAGGGGAUGAUUAAUUUGAUAGAUGUUCUGAAAAAAGCAGGUGUUGUGCCCCAUAAAACAAAGGAUUAUAAGAUUGAUGACAUUGUUACAGCCAUUAAAGCUCAUAAUGGAAACAACGACAUAGCACUUGUUUGUACUAAGUCUACAAAUGGAAACCCAAUACCUUAUUUAAAAGAAAUAAGGUUGUGCUUGUAUCCCAAUGGAAGUACUCAUACACCCUGUCCCCCACCUUUGCGUAGUAGAGAUUGUGCUAAUAGAAAUAACCGUGUAAUCUUGCCAAUAUGA